CUCCAGUUAGAUGAACACCUCAUGCGGGGAAGAAAGUGAGGAGUUUGAUAAAACGCAGUGUCCUUCUCCACUUUAGAUUGUGGUUUGUGAGACUUGCUGAGCUGUCGAUAUAUUCAUUCAGCCUUGUUUUUCGGGUUUUUUUUUUAAUUAUCGUCGGUCUUGCUGCGAGCCCGUUUCAAAAGCAACGUCCUGUUGCUAAUGCCAGCUGUAGGCGUUUGUGCCGGAUCCAGUGAUUACGUUACGAUACGACAGCCAUGGACCGGUUGGACACCUCUCCGACCGGGGAAGAAAAGGGAAGACCCAAGGGGGACCAGUACACCUACGAAGAAGCGGAGAAGGAUCCCAACCUGCACAAGGGGACCGCGUCCGAGGAGGGUGACACAGAUGGGGUGUUUAUCUAUUCCGCCGAGGAAGAGCGGCGCGUGAAGCGCAAGAUCGAUCUGAUUCUUCUGCCGUUGCUGUGCAUGUGCUACGUCUUUUCCUUCCUCGACAAAACCCUCCUCAACUACAGCAGCAUCUUCGGCAUCAAGACCGCCCUCCACCUGACGGGCUCCGACUACAGCUGGCUGGGCAGUGCCUUCUACCUGGGAUAUAUCGUGGGCGCGCUCAUGUGGGCCAAGCUCGUGCAGCGGUGGCCGCAGCACGUGGGGAAGUUCAUCUCCGGCGCGGUGACCGUGUGGGCGUGCAUUACUUUGUUGACGCCGCUGUGCUAUAACUUCGUUGGGAUUCUGAUCGUGCGCUUGUUUCUGGGACUGGUGGAGAGUAUCAUCGGCCCCGUGUUUGUGAUUGUCACGAGUAAGUGGUGGACGCGAUCGGAGCAGGCGUUUCGCACGGCGUUUUGGUUGGGGGGAACGCCGAUUGGUAACUUCUGCGGCGGGUUGAUAUCCUACGGUCUGGGAUCGAUGCACCCAUCUUUCCCGACGUGGAAGCUCUUCUUUGUCUUCUUCGGCGCCCUCGGCCUCGCCUACGCGGUCGUCCUCAGCCUCCUCAUGCCCGACACGCAGGCCAACGCGCGCUGGCUCACCCCGAAAGAGAGACGCAUCUCCGCCGACCGCGUGCGGGCCAACCACACAGGCAACUCGAAUACCAACGAGUGGAAGUGGCCGCAAUUCUGGGAGGCGCUGCGCGACCCGCAGACGACCAUGUUCUUCGUUACGGCGGUCGGGAAUACCAUGCCGUCGACUUUCGCGAGUAUGUUCUCCAGCCAAAUCGUCUCCGGCUUCGGGUUCUCGACCCUCGAAACGACCAUCGUCUCCACUUGCCCGGCGGCGGUGAUCCAACUGUCUACCUUCCUGGUGUUCUCGUACAUUGCCUCCCACCGUCCUAAUAUCCGGCUUGGGUUGUCGAUGCUUGUCUCGGUGCCACCCUUGAUCGGGGCGUCGCUGCUGCAUGCGCUGCCGUUGGAGAAUCGCGCGGGCCGGUUGGCGGGGUAUUAUCUUACCUACACACAUACGAUGUCUUUCACACUCAACACAAGUCUCAUGGCCUCCAACUACGCGGGGAAUACCAAAAAGGCUACAGCGAACGGAGUGAUCUUCGCCGGUUGGGCGGCCGGGUUGGUUGCCGGGCCACAAUUCUUCCUCGACAGCCAAGCCCCGGUAUAUGAGCUUGCGUUUCGGAUGCUCAUGGGCACCUACGCACUAAUGAUCAUCGUCCCAUGCUUCCAGCUGGCGUGGUACAACUACGAGAAUCGGCGGCGCGAGCAACUCUCGACAGGGCGUCAUCAUCCUGGACAGGCUGGUGGGGAGGAUGAGGAUGAUGACCGGACGGAUUUCGAGCAGUGGGAGACGUUUCGGUAUGUUAUGUGAUCGUUCGAUUGAGAGAAGAUGUUGAAUUAUUGGGUGGGGUACUAGGUGUUGGUUCUCAGUUUGUUGGGAAGUUGGGAUUUUUGAAAGGUAUAUACUGUACAUCGAUAAUAUGAGACGUAAGUCGAAAGAUGUGCAGGUAGUUUCAUCUCC